UCCCCCAGGACGGAAGGAGGCUCGCUCCACCUCCCCAUGCUCUCUCCUGCAGAUGGGGUGGGGCGACCUGGGGGUAUACGGAGAACCUUCCAGAGAGACCCCAAAUUUGGACCGGAUGGCCGCAGAAGGGAUGCUUUUUCCAAACUUUUACUCAGCCAACCCCCUGUGCUCACCGUCGAGGGCGGCUCUGCUCACCGGACGCCUGCCCAUCCGCAACGGCUUCUACACCACCAACGGGCGCGCCAGAAACGCCUACACGCCGCAGGCGAUGGUGGGCGGCAUCCCGGACCAGGAGCUCCUCCUGCCCGAGCUGCUGAAGGGCGCCGGCUACGCCAGCAAGAUCGUGGGCAAGUGGCAUCUGGGCCACAGGCCUCGGUUCCACCCCCUGAGGCACGGCUUCGACGAGUGGUUCGGAUCCCCCAACUGCCACUUCGGACCUUAUGACGGCAGGGCCCAGCCCAACAUCCCCGUGUACAGGGACUGGGAGAUGGUCGGCAGAUACUACGAGGAAUUUCCGAUUAAUCUGAAGACUGGAGAAGCCAACCUCACCCAGGUGUACUUGCAGGAAGCCCUGGAUUUCAUCAAGAGGCAGCAGGCAGACAAGCGCCCCUUCUUCCUCUACUGGGCCGUCGAUGCCACUCACGCUCCUGUUUAUGCAUCCAGACCUUUCUUGGGCACCAGCCAGCGAGGGCGGUAUGGGGACGCGGUCCGGGAGAUCGACGACAGUGUCGGGAAGAUCCUGCAGCUGCUCCGGGACCUGAGGAUCGCAGAGGCCACGUUCGUCUUCUUCACGUCGGACAACGGCGCCGCCCUCAUCUCCGCCCCGCAGCAAGGUGGCAGCAACGGCCCUUUCCUGUGCGGCAAGCAGACCACGUUUGAAGGCGGCAUGAGGGAGCCUGCAAUCGCGUGGUGGCCCGGGCGGGUCCCCGCCGGCCAGGUGAGCCACCAGCAGGGCACCCUCAUGGACCUCUUCACCACCAGCCUGUCCCUCGCGGGCCUGGCGCCGCCCAGCGACAGGGUCAUCGACGGCCUGGACCUCCUCCCUGCCAUGCUGCGGGGCCGGCUGACGGACAGGCCAAUAUUCUAUUACCGUGGCAACACGCUGAUGGCGGUCACCCUCGGCCAGCACAAGGCCCACUUCUGGACCUGGACCAACUCCUGGGAGGAGUUCAGACAGGGCGUCGACUUCUGCCCUGGGCAGAACGUGUCGGGGGUCACCACGCACACGCAGGAGGAGCACACGCGGCUGCCCCUGAUCUUCCACCUGGGACGAGACCCCGGGGAGAGGUUCCCCCUCAGCUUUGCCAGCACGGAGUACCUGGCCGCCCUCGGCGCCAUUGCCCCGGCCGUCCAGCAGCACCAGAAGACCCUGGUCCCCGGGCAGCCCCAGCUCAAUGUGUGCGACCAGGCAGUCAUGAACUGGGCGCCCCCAGGCUGCAAAAAGUUAGGGAAGUGCCUGACGCCCCCGGAGUCCACCCCCGAGAAGUGCUCCUGGCCCCACUAGCACCUGCUUGUGCUCCCGCCAGGCCUGGGCUCCCCCGCUGGCCGUGCAAGUGCCUGCGGGGAGGAAGGCUCUAGCUGCAGGGCUCUGGAGCUGGAAGAGCCCCAGCUGCGCUCUGCCCCGCCCGCCUGUGCCAGACAGACGUCACCUGCAGGGAUAGUGGAGCCUGCUGGGCGGCACUGCCUGCGCCCUGGAGCCUCCCAGCCCUCCUCCUGGACCCCGGGACCUGCCACAGUGGCCCACAGCCUCACAGCAGCCCCAAGGCAGAAUGCUGCCCCUCAGUCUCCUCUCAGGUCUGCCAGCUCCCCUUCCGACCGCCUACUGGCCAGUCCCAAGGCCCUGCCUCCAUCCCAGGAUCCAGAAGGUGUUGGCUGUCCCCUCCCACGUGUGAGUCCCACUGUCAAAGUUGGCCGUGCCAAUCCUGUUUGAGCCCCUUGGCAUCACCCCACUACCGCGGAGUUGUGAAUGUGGAAGAGAGCCUGACAACAGCCAAGGAAGACCGCCCUGGGCCCAGCGUGGGCAGAGGGAUGCCAGCACCUUCGUUUUAACGCUUGCCUUAGGCAUGCUGACCCUACUGCCCGCGUGGUGAGCGGUGCCGCCACCGGCUGUGGAGACAGCCAGCGGGUGUGGACGCCAACCUUCCCCGCCAGGGUGGGGUUUUUACAUCCCUGUGGUUGUGAUGCCAACGCUGUGCCAUUGUAAGACUUGGGAAAUGAUGGAGAAAAGUUCUAGAAUAAAGUAACAGGCAUUUUUGCUUUUUAAAAUUU